AUGAAGUUAUAAAGUAUAAUUCAUCAUUAAAAGGAUGCCAAAAGCGUAGAAAUUAAGGUGGUGAGUGAGAAUUAAAACUAGUGUGAUUUUUAUGAAGUUUAAAGAAUAUGUAAUGAAGGUAUUAUUAAUUUUAUUAGAAAUUAGAUUUGACGUUAUGCAGUUAUAAAAUUACUAAGAAGCUAUUGAAUAUUAUGAUUAAGCUAUUUUAAUUAAUUCUAAAUAUGAAAAAGCCUGGAACAACAAGGGUAAUUAAUUUAUAAGCAAUACUAUUUAGGUUUAGCAUUAUAUUCCUUCAUUAUGUUUAAGGGUCUUAAGCAGAUUAUAGAAAUACUAAGAAGCAAUCGAAUGUUGGAAUGAAGCGAUUUAAAUUAAUCUCAAAGAUGACAAAACCUGGCAUAACAACAUUUUUAUUCUUCAAAAAAAAUAUAUUCAAUCAAACAAUAAAAUCCAAAUUCUUUUAAUCCAAAAAUACAAAUAAUUCUAGAUAUUCUUAAAUAUCUAUUCUAAAUAUUUUAUUUAUUCAUUUUUCCUUCUAAAAUGA